AAGUCUAAGGAAUAUUUCGUUGUUCAGCACACUAGACAUUUAAUUCCUUGAUUAUUUUAUAUGAGCGUAUGUGUGUUAAUUGCUUACUCUAUUGAUUAUGUGUCUGUAGUUUAUUUUUGUCUGACUAUGAGUAUUGUAAAAUACUUAAUCAAAUCGAGUUGUGUCACUCACCUACUCCUCUCCACUUCACUUUCCCACUUCUUAUUCUGAAUGUCUGUCUGGACUAACAAGUACUUGAAAUAAACUCCUCUAAUGUAACCCACCGCCAUCACAUGAACAGGGUUAGCCUAGGUAACCCUCAUAGUUAAAUGUCAGAUUUAUGUUCAUCAACGGGGCACAUUAGAUAUACAUUAAGUUUCUAGUUUGCUAGCGAUAUAUCCUACUUCUUAUGUGAUGUCUUGUAGAGAUAUUAGUUGCUCUCUCAAAUGAAACCCUGUCACAUUAAUAAAAGUAGUAAAAGAUUUUCCGUUGGAACUCAUUACAUUCAGUUUAUUAACUUUAGAAAUAUGGCGAUAAUCAUAAAUAGUGUUGAGUGAAUCAGUGUGCAGUUACUGAGUAAUCUUUUUGAAGCUAAACUAUGAUUUAUGAACAAACCGAUCACAUUUAGGAUAAUUGGUCUUGAAUUUUAGAGUGAAAUUCAUUCAUCUAUUUGGUCAAUGAACGUUAGGGUUAGGUUAGGUGAUGUUAGUUCGAGAUGACCCCAUCCCACAUAAAUCUAAUUCUUAACCCUAACCAUCAACUAGAAAUCAUGAUCCUUAUUCCUCACACAUGUUCAUAACUCUCAUUUACCCCCAGUAAGUAGGUAAACAUUCUGAAGUCGUUGAUCAUCCUUUUUAAUAUGGGAACUAUACUUUUAGGACAAAAAAAGUAGAUAUUCACAGUGUAUAAACAAUCUCAAUCUCUCUCGUUUGGGGAGAUAUUGGGGGAUUUCCUCAGGUCUGAGAACAUUUAGGGGUCUUGGUGCUAUUUCUCCAAAGUUUACUAUAGCGGCUUCCCCCAGAAUUGGGAGUUCGGGAUACGUUGCUUCGGUGGAAUUAUAUGCAUCAUUCUCAAUCAUUUCAAAUAUUGACGUGUUAUUCUUUAAAUUACUGAAUUCACACAUCCAUCAGUUUGUCCAAUGGGUCUGAUGUAAUUUGUAGAAGAUUUUUAUUAAUACAUUGUUGAUAUAUAGAGGGCUACAAUAUCAAGGCGUCUACUAGAGAGACUCAUUCAAUCCAAUUCUGAAUAGAAGCAAUACAGAUCAUUCUAAAACGCUUAGCAGCGGUGAUCGAUAACAGAUCCGUCCUGUUUUACAGUUCUUCUCUCUAUUCAAAUCAAUUUAGUGUUGUGAUAUGUAUCAUUUUGUUUAUCUUUUCUUCUUUUCGAGGUGUUUACAAUGAUAUCAACCAAAGAAAUCAAUAAACAUGAUGCUCAACGAGAGUGUAACCAACAAUUUGAGAUUAAUGCUAAUAAUAAUUUAAUGUAUAUUAUGUGUGAUCAGAUUGUUCGAAAUGUAUUGUGCAGAUAUAUCACACAUAAUUCGAAUAAACUUCGUCUUCUUAUUGGAUUAUCGAGAUUUGUAACUGCUAUAUAAGUAUAUAAAUAUUUGGACGGAGAGAAAUCAUUUUAGAAAUAUACUUGUACUGAAUGGUUUAGUCGUGGAGCUGACAUCCUUCUUCUGAACGACAUCAUCAGCACAAACUUCACAUGAACAAUAAAAGCUCCACGAUCAAAUCAUCCAGCUCAGAAAAUAAAACUCCAUGAAAAUCAUCUACCUGCGCCACAAAUCUUCUCUACCAUCUCAAAAUCAUUUGAGUGUAGUACGCUUCUCGUUGUUCGAAAAUAGGAGAAUUUCGUUAAAAGGCAGUCUUCCACUCGAAAACAAAUGUAUUUUCUCCACGAGUGUCUUUGCCAGCAUGUUCUGCCAUUAAGUGUGAGAUACAGACCUCUAAUAAACUGCCCAAUGGGAUGGAGAAUAGCUGAGCAAAGUGAAAGAAAAAUGGUACACCUAAUGAUAACUGACGCACACUACAGGAUCCACAAAUACCAACAUAUCAUAGAGGACCAAAAAGCAAGCUAUAAAAGAUACUCACGUCAGAACAUUUGGAAAUAUUGACAACAGCCAUCAAGGUACCAUGCAAACUACACAGAGAACAAAGAAGAAACUUAUCAAGAUCUCAGAACCGCCCACUAGAGUUAUCACUAAAAAAUGCGGGAAUAAGUGAAGAAACACAACAGAAAACAAGAUAAACUAUGGUACCAAACUUCUACCUGAAGUUUGUGUUGAUGAUGUCGUUCAGAAGAACAAUGAAAAUUUUAUGACCAAACCAUUCAGUUCAAAGAAUAAAACUGCAUCAAAAUCACCUAUCUGAGCUACAAAUCUUCUCCACUCUCUCAAUAUACUUGUCCAUUUGAUUGAAUAAGUACUUUUUCAUUCUCAUUUCAGUUUCACUCAAUUUAACAUGUACACUCUAUACUCAUUAUUUAUGAUCUCUAUUGAAUUACAGUUGAAUGGUGUCAUGCAUAGUAAACAAUACAAUAUGAUGAAACAUAAACCAAAUGAAAAUGCAUUACAUCAAAUUGAAACUAUUCCAUCAUUGAUAGAUGAUAUCACUAAUGGAUUAGAACAAUUCGAACUCAUUCCAUCUUAUUUUUGUCUUGAUUAUGAAGAUGAAAUUUAUUAUAGUGAAAUUGAUUACAAACUAGAUAGUUGAUGACGACGAUGGUGAUGAUGAUGAUGAUGACGACGAUGAUGAUGAUGAUGAUGGUGAUGUAAUAGAUGAAUAAAAACCAAAAAACAACUAUUAUUGAUUUUUUUCCUGUAAAUUGUUUAAUAAAAUUAUCCUCAUU